GUCGCUUUUACGAUCCCCUUAUCGUUGCCUUGGAUGAUAACCACUACAUCGAUUUGGAAGUUCAACGUACAACGCGCGCCUUUCCAGACGUGAUAGCCUGGUCGCACAAGCUCAGUUCACUUCGCCUUUUGCCUCGCGCUACCUAGUGCACCAUGGUUCAGCACCGCCUCAAGAAGCUCUUUCCGCUGCUGCAGUGGGUGCCAUCGUACAACAUCCAGCGCGACCUCAAGUUCGACGUGAUUGCCGGUGUGACCGUCGCCAUGAUGAUCGUACCGCAAGAGAUCUCGCUCGCCAACGUCAUGGCCGUGCCCGCGCAGUAUGGCCUCUACACAGCGGCGCUAACGCCCGUCUUGUACACGAUCUUCGGCACGUCCCGUGUCCUCUCGGUCGCCAACGGCUCCGAAGUGAGUCUCAUGGUCGGCACGUACCUCCAGACGAUCCCCAACAUGAAGGAGCGCGUCGCUGUCGGCAUUCUCAUCUCGUUCCUUGUCGGGUGUAUCAACUUUGCACUGGGCUGCCUCCGUCUCGGUGUCGUCGCUGACUUUUUCUCUCGACCUGUCAUGGGCGGCUUCCUCUCGGCCGGUGGCAUCCUCAUCAUGGUCGCGCAGUUCCCAACGUGGCUCCAGCUGUCGCUGCCGACGCACGCGUACCCGCUGCAAACGAUCUACGAGAUCUUCCACAACUUCAACAAGAUCAACUGGAUCUCGUUCACGAUCGGAGUUCUCUCGAUGAUUGUGCUCGCGUUCUUCAAGUACGCCAAGAAGCACCUCGUCGAGGCGCCCAAGCUCACCGAGCUCCUCGACGGUCCCAGUUCUACGCAUCCUGUCGCGACGCCCCGCGAGCAGUGGGGCUUCUCGCUCAACGAAGGCGACUACGCGACGAUGGAAGAAGACCAUGACAAGCCAGCCGAGAAGGGUCUCCUCCGCAAGACGACGGCACUGCAAGAAGGUAGUGGCAAGACCAAAGCUGUCUUCCUCUUCCUCUUGCGCACGCUUCUCGAUCUUGGCCCGCUUGUCAUUUGCUUCUUCGGUAUCCUCGCCGGGUACCUCAUUGGCGAGAAGCGCGUCAAGGUCACGGGCCAUGUACCGCAGGGCAUGCCCAGUGUCGUGCUGCCGUGGUAUGGCUACAGCGAUGGUUUGAUCAAGACCGACAGCUUUGGCAGCAUCCUCCUCCAAGCCGCGACGAUGGCACUUGUUGUCUACUCGACCAGCGUUGCGAUCGCCAAGCGGCUCGCAGUGCGUGGCAACUAUGACAUUGAUUCGAACCAAGAGCUGCUCGCGCUCGGCUUUGCCUCUGGCGUUGGCGCCUUCUUCCAGGUCAUGCCACCGACCGGUGGUAUGUCCCGUACGGCGGUGAACGUCCAGAGCGCCAAGACGCAGCUGGCCUCGUUCAUCACCGUCACAUUGGUCAUCCUCGUGCUGCUCUUCUUGACCGACGCUCUCUACUACCUCCCCAAGGCGAGCCUCGCGUCGAUCAUUAUCGUCGCUGGCUUUUGGCUCAUUGAGGUCGACGAAGCCAAGUGGCUCUUCAAGGCCAAGCGCGACGAAUUCUACGUCUGGAUGGUCUCGUUCGUGCUCACGGUGGGUCUUGGCAUCCUCCCGGGUCUCUUUGGCUCCAUUGGGUGCUCACUCCUCGCUGUCAUGAUCAAGACCAAGCGCCCCGUGGUCUGCCUCCUCGGCCUCAAUGCUGACGGCCACUACGUCGACACGAGCGUGCACCCCGAGGCCGUCAUGCCCAACGACACACUCAUCGUGCGAGUCGAAGGCUCGCUCUACUUUGGCAACGCCGAGUUCCUCUCGCAGUACAUUAUGACACAGCUCGUCUUGCAUGCUGGCCGGCGCCUUGUCGUCCUCGACACGACGUUCCUCCAUGACAUUGACGCCACCUCGAUCCAGACGUUUGAGAUUCUCGAGGAGCGCCUCACGCACUUGGACGCGACUGUCUCGUUCGCCAACGCACGCGGUCAAGCGGCGAGCAUUCUUUCGACUAGCGGUCUCUGCAAGAUCGAGCCGUCGCAGUCGCUCGACCAAGUGCUCCUCGCGCUGCGUCGCGACAACAGCUGAGUGUUUCUUUCAUAAUUACUGCAUCGAUCAAUAUUCAUUUUCCCCCAACUACUACCGGGAACUCUCGA